CGCGCGCGCACACACACACUCGUCCUGUCCGCGCAUCCGCAGCGUCGCGCUCGCUCUGUCUCUCUCUCUCGCCCGCGGCUGACGCGCUGACGCGGGCCGCUCCUGCUGGAUAUGUGCAUGUUAUAGUCGUAGGUUGAAGGCCAGGAGACAUGCCGGUGUGAAGCGGUCUCAGAUAUCAGUAUCUUCCGCGUUAUCUUCGCUAAGCGCGGGUCCGAGCGCCGGUGCGGAGCGCGCGGCCUGUAAACACAAGAUGUCGACCAGAACGCCAUUGCCCACCGUCAACGAGCGCGACGCCGAGAAUCACACGUCUGUGGAUGGCUAUGCGGACACACCAGCGCCCCCCACCAAAUCAGCGAGUCGCCAGAGUCUCCCGCGCUGUAGGAACUCGGUGGCGUCCAUCACGGACGAGCAGCCGCACAUCGGGAACUACAGACUGCUCAAAACCAUCGGCAAAGGGAACUUUGCUAAAGUCAAACUGGCCCGCCAUGUUUUAACAGGAAGAGAGGUAGCGGUGAAGAUCAUCGAUAAAACACAGCUGAACCCCACAAGUCUACAAAAGCUCUUUCGUGAAGUGAGGAUUAUGAAGGUCUUAAAUCAUCCUAAUAUAGUUAAGUUAUUUGAAGUCAUUGAAACAGAGAAGACGCUGUAUUUAAUAAUGGAGUAUGCAAGUGGAGGUGAAGUGUUUGACUACUUAGUGGCUCAUGGGAGGAUGAAGGAGAAGGAAGCCAGAGCAAAGUUUCGGCAGAUCGUGUCUGCAGUGCAAUAUUGCCACCAGAAGAGAAUAGUCCACAGGGAUCUCAAGGCUGAAAACUUGCUGCUAGACGCGGACAUGAAUAUAAAGAUCGCAGACUUCGGCUUCAGUAACGAGUUCACGAUCGGGAGUAAGCUGGACACGUUCUGCGGCAGUCCCCCGUACGCGGCUCCCGAACUCUUCCAGGGCAAGAAGUACGACGGGCCCGAGGUGGACGUCUGGAGUCUGGGGGUGAUCCUCUACACGCUGGUCAGCGGGUCGCUUCCCUUCGACGGACAGAACCUGAAGGAGCUGCGAGAGAGAGUGUUGCGAGGGAAGUAUCGCAUACCCUUCUACAUGUCCACUGACUGUGAAAAUCUUCUGAAGAAACUCUUGGUGCUUAACCCAGGCAAACGGGGAAGUCUAGAGCAAAUCAUGAAGGACCGCUGGAUGAAUGUAGGUCACGAGGAAGAGGAGCUGAAGCCGUAUACAGAACCCGAGCCCGACUUCAGCGACACCAAACGCAUAGAACUCAUGAUCACCAUGGGUUUCCCUAAAGACGAGAUCACAGAGGCGUUAGUGGGGCAGAAGUAUGAUGAGGUCAUGGCCACGUAUCUUCUGCUGGGCAGGAAACCUCCAGAGUUUGAAGGGAGCGAUUCGCUGUCCUCCACAAACCUGUGUCAGAGGUCCCGCCCCAGCAGUGACCUGAACAACAGCUCCACGCCGUCUCCCGCUCACUCCAAAGUCCAGCGCAGCAUCUCCGCCACGCAGAAACAGCGCCGCUUCAGCGACCACGUCGCCCCGUCCAUCCCCCCGACCGUGUCUUACACCAAGCGCUCGCAGGCCAACAGCGUGGAGGGGGAGAAGAAGGAGGAGUGGGACGCGUCCCGUAAGCUGGCCUCCUCCAGCUCGAAAGCGGACGUGGCCGUCUCUCCUCUGGUGGCCCAGGAGCGCAGGAAGACCUCGGCCGCAGGGAACAGCGCUGCCGGAAUGACCAGGAGGAACACGUAUGUGUGUGAGAGAUCCAGCACAGAGCGGCACUCGGCGAUCCCUAACGGCAAAGACAGCAGCUUGACGGAGAUGUCGGGCUCUGCGAGCGCCUCCUCCUCGGUGUCUCCCGGAGGCUCCUCGGCUGGGGCCUCCACUCGCCCGCGCCACGUCAAGUCCAUGUCCGCCUCGGGACACCCCAACAAGUCCCCGCUGCCGCCCAUCGAGGACAACACGGAGUUCAAGGGGGCCCCGUCCACGUCUCCGUCAGCGCACAGCAUCAGCAGCAUGACCCCGGACCGGACCCGCUUCCCCCGGGGCACCUCGAGCCGGAGCACCUUCCACGGGGCGCAGCUCAGAGACCGGCGCAGCGCCACCUACAACGGCCCGCCCGCCUCGCCCACGCUGUCCCACGACACCGGCGCCCUCGCCCAGGCCCGGCGCGGGGCCUCCUCGGGCUUCAUCAGCAAGAUCACCUCAAAGUUUGUGCGGAGAACUCUGUCUUUCAGAACGGCGAGGUUGCCCAGUGAAGGAGAGGCCCGCGGUCGGGCGUACAGUCUGAGGAGCGGAUCCGGAGAACCCAAGGAGGAGGGUCGCGACUCGAAGCCGAGGUCGCUGCGCUUCACCUGGAGCAUGAAGACCACCUCGUCCAUGGAGCCGGGAGACAUGAUGAGGGAGAUCCGCAAGGUGCUGGACGCCAACAACUGCGACUACGAGCAGCGCGAGCGCUUCUUGCUCUUCUGCGUUCACGGAGACGCGCGGCAGGACAGCCUCGUCCAGUGGGAGAUGGAGGUCUGCAAACUGCCCCGCCUGUCCCUCAACGGGGUCCGCUUCAAGCGCAUAUCGGGGACCUCCAUCGCCUUCAAGAACAUCGCUUCCAAAAUUGCCAAUGAGCUCAAGCUGUAAGAGAAGGCUCCGACAAGACACGACACUAAAAAGGAGUUCCUCCAGGAAGUUUGAGUGCCAUUUUUUGAGUUCCUGCUUCUGUAAGCUACUGCUGUAAUGUUUAGUGGAGACGAAAAAAUACGAAUGCAAAAAGACGAGAAAACGCUCUUCAUGACCUCUAGCAUUAUACGCCUGGUUAAAACAACCAUCUUGCAAUAAUAUCGAAACCCUUUCAGGGUCGGCAGGACGGAGAAUCUGUCGAGCUAGUUAUCGUAACGAACUUUUUCCACAUGUACAGUUCAGAUUUAGAAUGUUUUUGUUGUAUUGAAUUGAUCCUAGAGUUGUAUAAAACGAGACUUUCAGCCUGCUUAUGUGGAGGUGUUGUAUAGCCACUAUUGAGCUCUGUACAGAAAAAUGAUGUUCAAUGUGUCAUACUUGUUUAGUUUGUUGCUUUUUCCCUCGACACCACCCAGUUUUAAUCGUUAUUUUACGUUCUCAACAUUCGUUUAUGCAACAAUGGAAAUUCGAUUAUUAUUCUCACCCUCAUCCGAUCAAGCCCGUAUGCUGAUGUUUUUCAUGACUUCAGCUUCAAAAAGGACAUGCGUUACGUUGUAUCAAUCCAAAAUUGUAAGUUGCGAAUCUCUGAAAAUGUGCCGCGUUUAGUGUUCUCUGGAGAAAUAACAACACACACGGAAGCAAAUAAUGACCGAACUUUCGUUUCGGGUGAAUUAUCCGUUUGAGUGAGAAUUAGAUGUGAUGGAAACCUCAGAGGAUGAAGUGGUGUGUGUGUGUGUUUCCCAGAUUCUGAGAAUAGCACAUUAACAUUCCUUAGAGAACACACACUGAGACUGACAUCACUGCAGUGUGUGUGUGUGUGUGUGUGGAGUGAGAGCAUUUCCCUGUCAGAAUCCAGAAAAGCUUCAACUAACUACAAGAAAUUUAUUUAUUAAGCCAUUUUAUGCCUUGUUUUAUUACCUGUAGAAACUGUUCAUCCAGAGAAUGCAUGACUUUUUUUUUUAAAUGUAAUUUGUUUUGUAUUAAGUGGCGAUGAUGAUGAUGAUGAUGAUGAUGAUGAUGGAUUACAACCACUCGUACUGGUACUUUCUACUAGUUCUUUUGUACUGAAGUAUUGAAGGUUAAAUGUGCAAUGCUGUCUAUGUUGUAUUACUGUAAUGCUGACUGAAGAGGUUGUGACUGCACACUUGUGAGGGAAGGUGGUAGUUUGAGGAGAAGGACUAGUGACUAAACAUAUUAUAAGGGUAAAGCUGUGAUUAAAGCGAGGCGUCGAACGUUCGAAUGUCAACUGUGAUGUUGGUACAUUUCCAGGACUAAUUUCUUUUCUUUUUUCAAAACGAAACUCUUUGGGAAGGAAGCUGAAGGCUGAGGAUCUCCAAAAAAAAAAAAUGCAAUUAACUCGACACAUUUCGUCCUUCCACACACUUUUCCCAUUUAUUCUCUCGACAUUGUACUGUACAUUUCUGCGGAUAUCCCUUGGGCCGCUGCGGUUCGACCUCAGUCCCACUGGAGCACAUUAAAGCUUACUUGAAAUGAGUCUUUGA